UAAUUUUCAGUUCCUGUACGACAUAGCAGCAGCCAUGGGAAGAGAAUGUUUAUUAUCAAGGCAACCAGUUUUUAUGAUACUCGAUUUCUGAACUUAUUGAGAUUCUAUGUAUUUCUGACUGGAAUACCAGUGGCACUAUUCAUAACAUAUGUCAACAUCUUCAUUGGUGAAGCUGAACUUGCAGAGAUUCCUGAAGGUUAUGUUCCAGAGUACUGGGAAUACUACAAGCACCCUAUAAGUCGCUGGAUAGCUCGUUACUUCUUUGACCCCCCUGAAAAGGACUAUGAGAAAGAGUUGGCUAUUCUUGAUGUUGAAGCGAAGAAAACUCAACUGAGGCUGUUGGAGUUGGAGGCACGUAGACUGAUGAGGCACAGGGGAGAUGGACCUUGGUAUCAUUAUGAAACACCUGAUAAAAAUCUUGUUGACAAUUCUAUGAAAUCCACACCUGACAAUUAAACCAUUUUAAGGCAGUAUGCACGGUCUUAAAUGCAUACCAACAAAUUGUGACUGAGCUAUGUAAUAUACAUCCUGCUGUUUACUGAUGGAAAUUAAUAAAGUUAAACAAUACUUGUGUUGAUUCC